AUGCCGGAGGACAAGUCACAGGCAGACAAGAUCGACCACGGACGCUGUCUCUGCGGUGCCGUGACAUUCACAGUCGUGGGCGAGCCGAUAUAUAACGUGCAAUACACCCUCCACACCGGCUCCGAUCGCAUAACCACGUACGUGGACCGUGCUACACAGUCGGGCCAGCCAUUGUCGCGCGCGUUUUGUAAGAUUUGCGGCUCCAAGGUGCACGCUUUGACGCCGCUGAACGAGGCCAUCGUCUCCAUCCCCGCCGGCGUGCUGGAGCACUCCCCCACAAGCUGGGCGCCGCAGAAGGAGCAGUUCUGCGAGGUAAGGUGUGCGUGGGUGCCGGACUUUGGCGGAGCCGUGACACAGAGGUUCAGCAGGGGUCCGACGCCCGACAAGGUCGAGGGUGUGACGACUCAGUUGUAA